AUGGCAGCCCCCGCGCCGGUUCAAGAUCGCACGUCUGAGUUCCGGUCGAUUCUCGGACAGGCGCAGAAACGGCUUGCCUCGUCCAAGGCCAGCGCACACCGUCAGUCUCUGCAGUCGAAUUCGACGGCCAGGACGACCUCUGCAGAUGUGCCGGCCGCGAGCAGUCGGCCUGCGCGCUCGGAGUUUGCCAGACGGGCUGCAGAGAUUGGCCGCGGAAUAGCAUCGACGACGGGGAAGCUACAGCGUUUGGCACAGCUGGCCAAACGGAAAUCACUGUUCGACGAUAGACCGGUCGAGAUAUCGGAGCUGACCUAUGUCAUCAAACAAGACCUCUCCUCAUUAAACUCCCAGAUCGCAUCUCUCCAGUCCCUCACACUAGCACAGCAUCCGAAAUCAACACGGAGCAAGGCGGACCAGGAGGGAGAACACAAUGACAAUGUCGUUGUUCUACUGCAGGGCCGGCUGGCGGACGUGGGAGCAAACUUCAAAGACGUCCUCGAGGUGCGGACAAAGAACAUUCAGGCCUCUCGAUCCAGGACCGAGAAUUUUGUCUCCACCGUUUCAUCGCGAUCGCACUCCGCACUCGAUCCCCAACGCUCCGACUCCCCACUGUACAAUCCUCCUCGCAGCAAGAGCCCGCAGCCUGGCUACCGGCCUGGCUCCGCGGAUCUCCUGACCCUGGACCCGGCGUCCUCGUCGGGCGCUCCCGCGGGCAUGCACUCCGACCAGCAGCUGCUGAUGAUGGAGGAGGCACAGCCGGCCAACACGUACAUACACGAGCGCGGCGAGGCCAUCGACGCUAUCGAGCGCACCAUCAACGAGCUCGGCGGCAUCUUCGGCCAGCUGGCCACCAUGGUCAGCGAGCAGUCGGAGAUGAUCCAGCGCAUCGACGCCAACACGGAAGACGUGGUCGACAACGUCCAGGGAGCGCAGCGCGAGCUCCAGAAGUACUGGUCGCGUGUCUCCGGCAACCGCUGGCUCAUCGCCAAAAUGUUUGGCAUCCUCAUGAUUUUCUUCCUUCUCUGGGUCCUUAUCUCUGGCUCGCCACUGAUCUUUGUCUCACUAGCUGCUGCUGCCGGGCCUGGGACCAGGUUAUAUCUCGUCGACUCCUUUUAUCCUCCAGCAACAUGUCCUCCCGUCGCUGCUGCGCUCGCUCUGACGCCGAGUAAGCGUACACUUGCAUGGGAGCGAAGCGUUGGCAUUAUUAACUCGAUCGAUUCACUUCAGCCUUUGCGUACCCUGGACGGUCGGCGCACUUCUUCUCCUCCUCUUCUUCCUCGCUUUCGAACGAUACCCUUCGAUACGACCUUCGAACGAUACGACUCUCCCCGCUAUCUCCAUGACGGCCGAGCUGCAACGGCAUCACAUCCAGUCAACCUGAAUACGCGCUGGCGCACAACGCCGCUGACGGUCCUGCUGUUCGCCGCGUUCGCUCUACUUCUGCUCUCGGUCCUGUCGACGCCGGUGAUCAAGGGCGUCCCGCUGGCCACAUACAAUGAUAUCACCUUUGGCGUCUUUGGCUGGUGCCGCAAGGACACAUGCAGCGGCUUCACGAUCGGAUACAAGGACGACGCGAGAGACGGCGCCUUUGGAGACCCCAAGACCGAUCAUGACUUCAACCUCCCGGCCUCAAUUCGCCAUACCCUAUCGUCUCUCUUGAUCGUCCAUCCGAUCGCGGCGUUUCUCACCCUGAUCUGCUUUGGACUGGCGGCGGCUGCCCAUCUACAUGCUCCCUCCCACUCCCCACGAUACCUCCUCGGCCUCCUCAUCCUGCUCCUCCCAACGUUGCUUGUGUCUCUGCUGGCGUUCCUCGUCGACAUUCUCCUCUUUGUCCCUCAUCUGGAAUGGGGCGGCUGGGUGGUGCUCGCGGCUACCGUCAUUCUUACCGUCUGCGGCAUCCUGACCUGUGCUAUGCGCCGGACCCUCGUGAGCCGGAAGGCCAGAAAGCGUCGAAUCGCCGAGAACGCCGAGAUGAACGGUGAGAAUUUCUAUAACCGCCAAAACUCCGUCAAAAUGGACCCGCCUGCUGCUACGCAUUUGGAGACCAAGGAGAUUCUAUCGUCUCCGGUUCCAACGGCGGAAACAGUAUCGGAAUUCGCCAGGUAUGAAACCAGCCACCGGCCUAGAGAUGAUGAUAGCCGACGGAUGCGUCCCAACGUUGCGCCUUCUAGCGACGAAAGGUUCUGGGCACCCAGUGAGUACGAUGGAGGAUCGCACGACCUGUCUGAUACCCUUCCGAACCAGGACGGCCCGUACGGCCAUUUUGCGGCGCCGCGAAGGCAGCCCUCGAGAAACCCCAUGGGGAGCCAGCGUGGUAGAAGCCAUCCUUCAACCAGGAGGCCUGGCAGAGGUGGACGGGGCCAUCCCUACCGCGACCCUCCGCCUCCCGGGUAUCGGUUUGAAAGGGGUCCCUCGCACAGACAAGGCUACCCCGUUGGUCCUGGCGAUCACGGCCCCUACCCAAGCAGGUCUCGCUCCGGCCGUAGCAGACGCGGCGGACCAGGUCCUCCACGCCGCCCUCCACGGGAUGGAGAUAACAUGUAUGGGGUUGGCCCCGUCGCUGGCGGUAUGGGUCAGGAUAUAGAGAUGGAACGCUCGCCGGCGAACGCUUACAAUGUUACCGCUCAGUCAGAAAUUUCCAACCUUUCUGCAUAUAUACCGGCGAGGAAUGGCUGGGCAAGGAACGAUCAGCCGCUCUCGCCCAUAGACGCACGAGGGUCUCCGAGUCCGCUGGGCGCCAACACCCAGCCCAGGGACAUGACACGAUCCCCUCCGCGAGCCACCCCCCGUCCCACAAACACAUACUAUGAAGAUGUGGAAACGCAUUUCACCAAUACAUCAAACCCCGAUCCCGCAUUUAUCCCAUCUGCUUUGACUCCUGGUAGCACUGCUGGUGAGCCCCAACCGAGAACUUCUCUCGAUGUCAUGCAUGGUGCACCGCGCUCACCUGUCAGUGAUAUCAGCCACUUUACCUCCAUCUCGCAACGCGGUAUAAAUCCCAAAUGGCAGCCGCCACCCUGGGACAACCCCCGAGAAAAGGCGCAGAAGCAGCGGGAUGCUGUGCUGGGCAAUAACCCCGACUUUGACCUCGGCGGCGUCAUCGGGAGUCGAUCUAACUCUGCAAGGCGUGGUGGUAGGAUGCCACAGGUUCCUGCAAUGCCUCCGAUGCCUACUAUUCCUUCGGUAUACACCCGAGGUUAA